GUAAAAGAUCGUCAACAGGUGUAUAUUGACUGAGACUCCAUAAUAAAUUUUGUAUUUAAUUAUAUAUAAAGGCAUUUUGUAUUAUUUAUUGAGUAUUCCAUAUUAAGUUAAAAUGUUCCAGCAGCGGAUUAUUGUGUUAAUUUUGGCUAUCUUCUGUGUUACGAAUACAACCGCAGAAACAACUCCCGAAGAAUUAAUGGAGUUCUCUUGUCUUGGCGAUGAGAAUUGUAAUUUUUAUGCAACGAAAAUUAUCAAUUCCACAUGUGUAAAGGGUGUCUGUCAUUGUUACAACAAGGAAACGCAUGAAAAAACCGACUGCCGACCUUAUAUCCUGCGCACAAACAACAUAAUCGGCGGGCAUUGUCCAUGUAACGCACCGCAUUCGGAAUGUCAUCCCAAGGAUAAUAUCUGCUAUUGCGAGGCGGCUUACAUACCGUCAAAAGACUGGAGACGUUGUAUUCGCAAGUAUGUGCCAUUGGAUGGAGCAUGUGAAACUGACGAGCAAUGUUUGGCCUCGACUUUUUUCAGCCACUGUAACGUAACUUGCACCUGCGAUGAUAGUUAUCGCAAAUUCGAGCGUACAAAUUCUUGUUUGGCUCAAACGAAGCUGAAAGCGAAAUGCAAUGAAAGCAUAGAAUGUGGCCAGCAUCAAGUUUGCCAACCCGACCUCGGCGAGUGUGUUUGUGAACCGGGCUAUGUUAGUCAAAAUAACUCGGAGAAUUGUCUACCGGCACGAAAUCUCGAUGAAAGUUGCAGUGCAACAGCACAGUGCCAGGCAGUAGUGGGUCCGGGCGGGAUUUGUGCUAAUGGUACAUGCGAAUGUAAGGAAGGAUAUUUGGUGGUCAUGAAAAAAAGCGCUGCACACAAUGGCAUCGUUAUUAUGAGAAAUAUUUGCGAGCUGAUAGUGCAGCUCGGCGCAUAUUGCACGUUGGAUGAACAUUGCCAAAACGGCGGCGCGCAAGAUCAAGGCGAUCCAAUGAGAUGUGAUCAUGGUGAAUGCGUCUGUCGUUACGGUGUGAAAAAUCAAAUGCCCUGCAGCACGUCCGCAGGCAUCGGCGUGCUGAUGCACAAAUUUACUUUUGGUAUUAUGUUGAUUAUGGUUACAUUGGCAAUUCAGACAGUGAACGGAGUUUCCUUUCAAAUCAAUAAUUUGUAGUGGAAAUUUCUAGAAAAGCGUUACUCUGAUAUUUUGGUCAAAAUUUUAGUCAUUAAUAGCUCUUUGAAGACUUUGUUUUUGCUCUUAUUUGUUAUGUUGUUGCAUUACUAAAGUUUAGUACCGUUGUAAAUAUGUAUUGUACUACAAAAAAAAAAAUUAAUAAAU